CCCGCAGAAAAUGAUGCAUCCUGUUGCCAGCGGUAACUCCCCUUUUUGUGGGACCGGAAAGAGUUCUUGCCUUAACGAUGACAACGUAACGCCUACUGAUCAGUUUGACUUAUACUCCACACAACAAACCAAGUAUAGCCACACAGUCAGCCACAAGCCAAUACCAUGCCAGAGACCAGAUGCAUUAAACGAACCACACUUGCAAACCACGAGUGGCAGGAGUAUAGAAACGAAAGAUGAACUAAAGAAAAAGAAAAACCUCAACAGAUCUGGCAAACGUGGAAGACCGUCGGGGACCACAAAAUCAGCGGGGUACAGAACAAGCACAGGUAGACCGCUGGGGACCACCAAAGCAGCUGGAUUUAAGACAAGUCCAGGCAGACCCUUGGGUACAACUAAAGCUGCAGGAUACAAAGUCAGCCCAGGGAGACCACCAGGUAGCAUUAAAACUGUAUCACGGCUUGCAAAUCUAAGUUAUACUUGUAGCAGUGCAGCUUUUCCCUACUCUGUGGUGCAUAACAGAGGGGUGCAUGCUGCUGGUGAAACAAGUAGCAAAAUCAAGCAACCCAGUGAGUGGAAAAAGGAGGAAUUAGAUAACAUUUCCUAAGUAAUUGUUUUUAAAUUAUCUGAGUUGUGGCAUGAUUUUUCACUACUUUUGUAACUUUUCCAUAGCCUUCUUUCCUACAUUUUAUAACAGAUGUCAUAUCUUAAUCACUUAAUGUUUCUCAUGUUUACAAGAGGACUCCUCAGCGAUGCCCUUGUGUUUCCAGAAAGUAAUUUAUAAUAUUCUAAGUGUCAAAGUUAAUGUCUGGCCAUUUUAGUUGUUUGCUUAUUCAGUUAGCAAUUCAUAUAGCAGAGUUCUGGUUCCUAA